UCUCCAUGCGUACAGUACAUGUAAUAAAAAAAAAAAACGAUCGAACCUCGCGCACAGAUUAAAAGCAUCACGUAGUGUCGAAUAGUGUCGUGGGUGUCGAUGUGCACAUUGUUGGCCAAACCCAUUCGAAGGACGACGAUGUCGCUGUCACUGAAGAAGCUGCAAAAACGGGCUCACGCCAAGUCGCCCGAGGGCCCGGAUAACAACAAGCCGACCAAAAAGAAGUUCACUCGCUUCGAAGGCCUCACCGAGCAGGAGAUCAUGGAGAAGGAGAGCACGCUCAGCGACAUCCUGGACCACAAGCUGGAUCUCGUGUUCGUAGGCAUCAACCCGAGCCUGAUGGCAGCCUACACCGGAAGGUACUACGCCGGUCCGGGCAAUCACUUUUACAAGCUGCUGUGUGAGUCGGGGCUGGUGUCCAAGCCGGUGAGUUACGAGAACGACAAGGACCUGCUGGAGUACGGGAUCGGCCUGACGAACAUCGUGGCUCGGGCGACGAGGUCCUCGGCGGACCUCACGAGAUUGGAACUGAAGAAGGGCGCCGCGGCUGUGCACGACAAGCUCAAGAAGUUCAAGCCCAAGGUGGCUGUCUUCAAUGGCAAGUGCAUCUACGAGGAGUUCGCGGACAAGUACGACAAGUCGAGCUUUCGCUUUGGCCUUCAGCCCCACCGGGUGGGAGACACUGUGCUCUGGGUCGUGCCCUCCAGUAGCGCCAGGUGCGCCAACUUUCCGAGGAUGCAGGACAAAUUGCACUUUUAUACGUCCCUGAAGAGGUAUCUGGCCCACUUGAAAGGCGAGCUGCCGGAGGCAGUGGAUCCCGAGGAGUUUCGCUUCGAUGGGAAGUGUAAGCAAGCCAUUUCUAGUACCUCCAAGAUGUGGAGGCGCAAAGGUAUAUCCGCCUUUGCCAAUGGUGGUAGGGUCGUGAAUAAAGAGACCUUUUCUAUGGACACUUCAGAUGAAAGUCUGUGCAUUCCAUGGACGAAUGAAUUCAUAGUGAAGAAUGUCAAAAAAGAGAGCGAAGAUUCUGGUGUUUCUGCGUCUCAGAGCAGCGAAGAAGUGUCACUGGAUAGCGAGAGCGACAUUGUCAGGCAAGAACCAUCACUGGGCAGUGACAUUAGCCAAGAGCUGCUUCAAGAGAAUGGAGCUGAAAGCAGCAUUAGCAAUAGUAAGGAACAGAGUGAUUCCAAACUAAAGAAGAAGCAACAAAGUAGCAGGAAAUUGAGCAGGAGUGUAUUGCCCGGUAGAACAGCUGCUAGUGUAUUGGGCAAAGAGAGAAACGAGACCAUUGACUUUAUGUCUUUGAUAAAACAGCGAUUGAGCAACAAAGAAGAAGUGAUGAAGAACAACGAAGAUGAUUGCGAUAAUGAAUCCUCUUCGAAGCCUGGAGCUGGUGUCAAGGGAUUGAAGUAUCAGAAUCUUUGUUCGGAUAAAUUGAAACGUGGAUUCAAAGUGAAAUAUAAGUGAUCAAUUAGAGAGUUUCAUUGUUAUUUAAGUGUUGUUACAAGAUUUUAUUUUUUUACAAAAGAAAAAACAAACAUUAACGUUAUAUAACUUGUUGCGUAUUGAAAGUUUUGCAGUGUUUUGUUAAUUAGCAUGAACAUAUUUUUGUACAAAAAAAAAGCAUAUUACAA